UACUCAGUAAAACAAGUCGUACAAACGACAAAGAUUUGAAAACCUCUUGCCUCCUGUGUUGGUCCGGUGAGGAAGUCUCUUACAUCAGAAGAAAUAAAAUAGUUUGGAGGAGGUGCAAGAAGCUCGAAGAGCUGCGAUGGAUUUUAAUUUCGGCAACUUUGAGCGCCUCGCAGAUGCUGGUUUCGAUGACGAUGAUGAUGAUGAUGAUUUGUGUAUGGUUCCCACUGUCCGUGUAGCUCCAGGUCCCCCUGUACCAGUGCUACCACGAACUACUCCCAAGUCCAACAUAAGCACGAGCAAUGACGGUUCUACUGGCGCUCCCGGCACUACUAAUGGAGGAGAUCGGAAGUGGGGAGAUGUCGCGCCUGGCGCACAAACAGGUCGCGGGAGAGGUCGAUUGCGGAAUACUGGUCAGCAGCAACAGCACGCAGGCACUGACCAAUUGUCCUCAGGCGGACCACAAAACCCCUGGACGCGCAAGAGUGGUCGUAGUGAUCGGCUUAAGCAGGCUGACUUGGAGAGCCUUAACAUGGCAAUACGACUGGGAAGACUUGAAGUUGUAGAAUCCCUUCUCUCUGAAGGACCCGGUGCCGGUGAUGGCCGUAUUCCUGUGGAUACACCCAUGCCUGGUGGUUGGUCACCGUUGAUGUGUGCUGCGUCGAGUGCCUUGCCGGAGAUGGUGGCUCUCAUUCUGCGCUUCGAGCCGAACGUCAACUACGAUUGCGGUAAGAAGACUGCACUAAUGGUAGCCUGCGAUACUAGCUCGUCCCAGGAGACUGGAGUGCAGGAAAGUGUCAAGGUUCUCAUUGAAAGCGGAGCAAAGGCCAAUAUCAGAGACAGCCAUGGUAUGUCACCGCUGAUGAUGGCGGCACGCAAGGGGCGUCUCGCCGUGUGCCGCAUGCUGCUACAGCACGGGGCGUCCGUGUGUCUCGCCGAUUUAACGGGAACCACGGCUCUGAUGUGGGCAGCGCAAGAGGGACAGCUGGCCAUCGUGCGUGUGCUUGUGCUGGCUGGUGCCGAGCUGAACCAGGAGAACAACGCGUCCGAGACCGCCGAGAGCAUGGCAUAUGCAGCGGAGCAUACUCCUGUAUGCGACUACUUGGAGCAAGUGCGUAACGAACGGCGACACCAGCCGCUGGACCACGUCUCCGAUGAUGAUGGUGGCAGUGCGAAAGCCAAUCGGUCUAAAAGUGCCGUGGGACAAUUGGAGAUAUUUCUGGAUGGUCUACGACUCGGUCAUCUCAUCGAGUUGUUCAAGGAAAACAAUAUAUCGUUUGCUCAGCUGGCGACCAUUUCUGAAGAUGACUUGGCGAAGAUGGGCGUCGUCGACGGUCAAGCACGGCACGUCAUUGCUGAAGGGGCGCGCCGUUUGGCAAACCCGUCCGAACAAGCAUCCGCUGGUAGGGAGAGUGCAAGGGCAAUGCAUCGACAUCAAAUCAGGUUGGAUGAUGUGUGCCAAAUCCUGCGUAAUCUCAAUCGCCACCUCAAGUUCCAGCGCGAGGCGGCUGAAUACCUGUUGACGGAAUUGCAACGACAGCCAUUGAAUAUUAACCUUAUACAGGAACGGGAUCUGAAUGACCUGGUGAAGAAGUCCAGCGGCCUUCAGGAGGCGACGCAAACACUCUUCGACACUGCCGACGACACCCUGGCCUGCGCUGACAUGCUGGUGAACGAGGGAGACGAUGAGGACGGAGGGCAGGGCACGUCUUUCCUGCAAUCGCGUUCGUUCCGCGCUGCCGCGCUCUCUAUUCCCGUGGCAGCGGCCGUUGCUGCCGGUGCUUGCGUAUAUGCAAGCCGUACGGGAUUAAUCAGCUGGGCAUAAUGCGCCAAGCUCAACUUCUGCGACGGCACAGUUGCGUGAGCUGCGAGGUGGAUGCGAUUCGGGGAUUUCCCGGUUUCGCGGCCGUCGCAUCGCGCAUCCCAUCGCAAAAAUGCUUCUGUGAAUCCAGCUUUAUGAAGUAAUUGUAUUGAGCUACUGCUGCUGUUUUCACUACUGGUGCCGCCACAGUACAAUGCAUGCUAACGGCUAUCUUGAGGUUUGGCUGGCCCGAUUUUAUGCUGUUGUACUUGUAACCUGGUCCAGGAUCCUUUCAUUGAUGCUGCGCGUAAGGAUGUACCCCUGGAAUCAACAAUCCAGCGCCGUGUGUUGAUGCUGUUAGCAACGUGACAGCCGUCACGUCUCGCAUUCACCUCAAUGCUCCCGUGCAGUUGUUUCAAGACACGGGUGUGUAUGUGUGUGUGUGUGUAUAUGAGAGAGAGAGAGAGAGUGUGUGUGAGUGCGUGAGUGAGUGUGUGGACUGGGCAUUGUGUUGUGUUCGUAUUUGGGAGAAGAGCCAGCCAGCUUGUUGUAGCCACCUCGUCAAUGCAUCUACGCUUGUAGUUCAGCUCCGUAGCGUUCUCAUUCUUGUGCCCGUUUAGUCUGUACCUGCCCUUGACUCACUGUGCGUGUGUGUGUGUGUGUGUGUGUGUGUACGUGCUGCACAUGCGCCUGGUGCCGUGGCAUUAUUUUAAAAGUGUCAUGUAUGUACCAGUAUAUUUUGCUUCGGCAACUGAACAGACGACCUAUUGAAUUCUCACCGAUUGUUUUGCUGCUUUUCUUUUAAAAAUCCUGAAGGUGUGUGUGUGUGUGUGUGUGUGGUGUGUGUGUGUGUGUGUGUGUGUUGUACUUGCCACAUCUUUCUCUUUCUUCUUUUGCAGCUUUCUUGGUGGCUCUGCAGCUUUCUUUUGCCUCUAUUUAACUCGCACAAUACACGCACAUCACAGUCUCCACUGCUCCAGCCAGGGUGUCGUGAUUAAUUUGUACGUCUCUCUACCUUCAA